CUCGCACCCCGCGGCAGUGCUUCCGCAGGCCGCCUAGCGAUGGCACGCGCGUUUGGCUCCGUAGUCGAUCUUUCACGCGUUCGCGAACUACAUAGGUGAACUUACGACUACUCUCAUAUUUUCACGAAGUCGAUUUUUUCUAUGUCUAAAAAUGACUCUUUUUAUACAUUUAUAUUGUGUGGUAUGGAUAAUGUUAUUGACAGUCUACUGCAGUACGACAGGUCAGGGAUUGCCCAACGGACUGAAUGUAGUAUCCGUGGCUCCUAUAGAGGUUCCCAAUGAAUCUAUGUACCCGAGAUUCGCUGAGCCAAUCCCCAACGUCACAGUAACAGUUGGCAGGGAUGCUUUACUGGCUUGCGUCGUCGAUAACUUAAGAGGAUUUAAGGUGGCAUGGGUUCGAAUGGAUACUCAAACAAUUCUGAGCAUCCAUCACAAUAUAAUAACCCAGAAUCCACGCAUCAGUCUGUCGUACAACGACCACCGCUCGUGGUAUCUACACAUCAAGAACGUACAGGAGGUAGAUCGCGGCUGGUACAUGUGUCAAGUCAACACCGAUCCUAUGCGCUCAAGGAAAGGCUACCUACAAGUCGUUGUGCCGCCAUCGAUCAUCGACAAUAUGACAUCCACGGACAUGGUUGUGAGGGAAGGUACGGACGUAACCUUGGUGUGUCAAGCUUCGGGCUACCCCGAACCGUAUGUUAUGUGGAGGCGAGAGGACGGACAGGAUUUUAACUAUAAUGGUGAUUCUGUGGGUGUAGUUGAUGGCGAAACUUUAACCAUAACAAAGGUGUCACGUCUCCACAUGGGCGCCUACCUGUGUAUAGCGUCCAACGGCGUACCUCCAUCGAUUAGCAAACGCAUCAUGCUUAUGGUUCAAUUUCCUCCGAUGCUUUCAAUUCCAAAUCAGUUGGAAGGGGCAUACAUUGGCCAGGACGUGACGUUAGAAUGUCACACUGAGGCGUUUCCUUCCUCAAUCAACUAUUGGACCACAGACCGCGGAGAUAUGAUCAUUUCCGAAAUGGAAAUUGUAGGUGGCAAAUACGAGGCGUUUCCCGUGGAUAGCGGCUACAACAAGUUUAUGAUGCUCAAGAUUCGCAAUAUUACCAAAGAAGAUUUCGGCAGUUAUAAAUGUAUUGCGAAGAACUCGUUGGGCGAAACGGACGGCAUCAUCAAACUCGAUGAAAUACCAGCACCCCCGUCUGCUUUCACAACUACGCAAAAAUCUAUACUGGAUAAUCAAACGAUCAGAAAAAAAGGUCAACCUCAAAUUGUUCAAACAAAUGACGCAGUCAGUUCUACGUUCCAAGGUGUAGCUUUCGGUGAACAAAUAAGAGAUUUUGAUUUCUACGAAGAGGAAAAUAUAGCAACAGAACCGAAAUUAGGGAAAUUAUUAUAUGCGUUACUGCUUUAUCAUCUUAUAAAUGUUACGUUACAAUUACGUUCUUGAUAACAUUAUAACGAAUGUAAAUAAUAUAUCAUAAGAUGUAAUACUUUUAUGUAUUUCUCGAACAGUGAAUUUAAUUUCUUGCUGAACUGACAAUAAAUAAUUAUUCCAGAUCAACAUUCCAAACUGUAAUACUUUACGCAUUUUUGCAAAGAAAUAUUAAUUUUAUAAUGAGAGAGUAGACUAUAUCAUACCAGUUUUUGUUUGUAGAAACAAUUUGAUACGCUUGUUUAAAUAAUUACGUUACUUAAAAGUGAAUGUUGAUCGUAUAGAAAUGAUAAUAUAAACAUCAAUAUUAGUCAGUGCAACUUCUUAUUUAAUACAAAAUAUUUGCAUAAUUAUGACUAGUUACUUACAGCUAAAGUACAGCUAUUUUUAAUUUGUGAUAAAAAUCAAUUUAUAAAAAUACUAAUUUUAUGUUACCUAAGAAAACUGUAAAUAGCAUAAAAAAUAGUAAUAAUAAUUUAUUAUUUCGCUUGCUAAGUAAUUGAAAAUUUUAUUUACGAUUAUAUUCUUGUAACAGCUGCUUUUCUUGAAUGUUAUAAAAACAA